AUGGCGAUAAGUUCGGAAUCCCAAGUCCCCCUUUCGCUCCCGAUCAUCGACUUCUCCAAUCCAGAUCUCAAACCGGAAACCCCCGAGUGGGACUUGGUGAGAUCCCAAGUCCGAAAAGCCUUAGAAGAGUACGGAUGUUUUGAGGCCUUAUUCGAUGGAGCUUCCAUGGAGCUACGGAAGGCCUUGUUCGAGUCCUCCAAGGAGGUUUUCGAUUUGCCAUUGGAGACCAAACUGAGUACAAAGACAGACGUACAUUACGAAGGAUACUUGACGAUUCCGAGGGUCCCUAUACAAGAGGGCAUGGGCUUUUAUGGUAUAGAUAAUCCUAAUGUUGUUAAUGACUUGACUCACAAGCUUUGGCCUCAAGGCAACAUCUUCGUCGGGAAGAAUGUUCAGUCGUUUGCGGAGAAGUUAAUAGAAUUAAAUUUGACGGUGAGGACAAUGACUCUGGAGAGUUUCGGACUCGAGAAAUACAUGGAGGAGCAUCUUAACGCAGCGAAUAAGCACUUUCAGUUACUUAAAUACAAAGGAAUUUCCGAUGAUAAUACAGAGAAUAAGAUAGGUUUUUACCCUCAUAUCGAUAGGCAUUUCCUCACAAUACUCUGCCAGAACGAUGCAGUAGAUGGCUUGGAGAUCAAAACAAAAGAUGGCGAAGAGUGGAUCAAAGUUAAGCCAUCUCAAGCCUCUUCUUUCAUUGUUAUGGCCGGAGCUUCUCUUCAUGUACUGUUGAAUGGUGGGGUAUUUCCUCCGCUUCACCGUGUGGUUAUAACCGGAAAGAAAGAUCGGUAUGUGGCUGCACUGUUCACGAUUCCUAAAGAAGGAGUGAUCAUAAAUGCGCCUGAGGAGAUGGUAGAUGAUGAACAUCCUCGUCUCUAUAAGCCUUUUGAUUUUUGGGGUUUCUUGAAAUUCAGCAACUUACCUAAUGCAAGGAAAGACAUAUCUGAUCUCACCGAUUACUGUGCCCUUUGAGUAUUAUGCCUUGCGAAUAAAUAAAACUAUUAAUCAUUUGAUCA